UCGGCCAGACGCUGUUCAGCGAAGCACGUCGCGUCCGGGAGCCAGCAGCUCGUCAGUCGAAGGACGACGGGCGCGGCCUUCCUUCCUCUUCGAGGCUGCCGUGUCGACCAGCCAGCACGACCAGGUGAGCUAAACCCGGCGAUUCCUGUUCGGCCAUACGUCAACAACAUCGUUUGCCGAUUCGUAGAAGUCCAUCGCACGCUUAGCUUGCAGCACGGAGUAAAUGACUGGGGACGCACCACAACGCCGAAAUACCACAACGCCGAACGUACAAUAACGCCCAAAUGCCAAAUUGACCACAACGACGACAGCUAGAAAACUGCUGUGUACCACAACGCCGAAAUACAUUAACGUCGAAAAAUGUCAUUGCAGGACUGCGACAAAGGUAAGGUUAGGUAAGGUUAGCACACAAAUUCAUUCAGUGGUUUUUCAUUUUGCUCCUAUGCCACCCCCCCCCCCCCCCCCCCCCCCCUCCAUGCAGCAACAUUUUUUUUGGCGUUACUGUAUUUCGGCGUUGUGGUACACAGCAGUUUUCUAGCUGUCGGCGCUGCGGUCAAUUUGGCAUUCGGCGUUAUGGUAUUCGGCGUUAUUGUACGUUCGGCGUUGUGGUAUUUCGGCGUUGUGGUAACGACCCGUAAAUGACGACCACUGCAGCCAGACUGAUAACACCCGACUUGUUUACAUUACAAAUCUUAUUUUUCAUACAAUCAUUUAUUAUAAUACGUUUUAAUAAGUAUAUUAAACUUUACUAUUUUUUAAUUAUUUUUAUAAAAACCAUAUAUUAGUGUCUAAUUACAGUAGUAUUACAGCUGCAGUCAUUGCAACAAAAAUGGCGGUGACAACAAACGACGGCUAAUCGCGGAGAACGUGUAACCCGUGACAGCACAGACGUUUCACACGCAUUUCUGCAACAACGCAGAAUCACGACAAUGUUUCAGGAGGUUUUACGUUUCAUUUUUGCAAAAGGAAUACGCCGUGGCCUGUGGUGAGCCACCAUCUUGGCCAGAGCCUGUCCGCAGUGAUCUCACGGGAGUCACGAGAGAAACGUCGGAAUGACCGCCCCCAGGAAUCGAACGCGGGCUCCACGGACGGCGACUGCAGCGUUUCAUCAGAGCGAUCUUCACGAGUUGCCAACACAAUAAAUUAUUAAGCUGAAAUUAUAACUCGCCAUUCGCUUCGCUGCAGUGCGUGGAGUUUGGAGACUCGUACUUUUUCUCGCUGUUCGCUUAACAUCGCUGUGAUUCGAUUGUGCGUCGUUGAAGAACGAAAUUUAAAAAUAAAAUAUACACAUUAGUUUAAUUUUUUUAUAUACUUGCAAAUAAACAAAUAAAAUAAAUACAUUAAAAAAAGUAAUUUCCCAAAAUAACACCACCUUUUCUGAAUUUUCUUCAGAGCAAAUAAGCGAGUAUCACUCGCCUUGUAUAGUUAACGUUCGCAUACAUACAUACAUACAUACAUACAUACAUACAUACAUACGUACAUAAAUGCGCAGGAGUUUUUUCGCAGGUAAGUAGUAAAUAAAUUCGCUCGAUAUUACAUUUGUUUUUCAUCGCACGGUUACGCCAAGAGGCCUGGACUACAGGGUGUCCGAACCACAUGGAGCCCAUGACUCGGUGCUUCCAAAUGCGAGUCAUGCCGGGUUGUUGGUAUCGAACCCAGAACCCUCACCGCGCGAGCCACGGGCACCGGGUCACUGUCGCCCAAUUUGAUCGAAGAUUUGGCGCUGAGAUUAAGGUUGUUUGGUACCUUUCAGCUCCAUAUUUUGUAUUUACACCAAAAAUAGCUCUAGGUACUAGUUUUUUUAUAAUCUACGUCAUAUAAUGCAAAAUUUUAACUCUCGAUUAAUUUUCAUGUAAUUAAAACAACAGAAAGUUACUGCAUAAGAAUCAGCUGUCAAAUUCAAAUUUUUUAAAACCCUUUCAGCAUAUUCGUCCAGUGAAGCGGACAAUUUAUACCUCAAUGAUACACGCAGUUUAUCAAACGUCGAAUGCACGUACCUAAUUGCUUUGCUAAUAACAUUAAAAUGAAAAGAAAAAAAAAACAGAAUUUUACACACUUUCGGUAUGUUGCUAUUUGCCACCCCAAAUCCCGGGGUUAGAAAUAAAAAGACGGGAUCGAAUUCUCAAACUAGGGUGUAAAAAAAAAUUCAAAUAUUUUAAAACUUUGGCGUUUAAAUGAAGUAUUUAAAUAUAUGUGAUAAGUAGAGACCGGAAAAAUUCGCGAAUUCAUUUCGCGAUAGGCUAAAAUACAAAUAGUUAUACCUCAGUGCUGCCUCUGCUGUUGGCUCACAACUCACCUGGGUGACUCUGGGCCAAUGAGAAACACCCAACCAACGCUUUAUCGAAUCACAGGCUGCUACGUUGGGGCGUCUCACAAGACAGCAGCCAAUGGGUGGGUGACAUUUGACCGAGAGUACGUGACACUAUGGAGUUCAUCCUACAUGUCAUUGAACCCGCGAAUUUUUCCGGUCCCUAGUGAUAAGUUAUAAAUACACGCCUGUUAUCGUUAGAAGGGCACUGCAGCGGCAGCAGAAGUAGGCCGGAGUCCUGUAAUGAAACCGACACCGCAGACAAUGCCGCGCGACCUUGAGAGGGAAGGUUUCUUCACGACCCCCUCUCCACGGACUACCGCGGCCAUGAUGUAAAGAAGGGGAGGUGAAACCGUGCGCAGGUUUUCCCCCUCCACGCGGUCCCUUGCUACGUCACCUUGGUUGUAGCCAGCGCUCUUCUUCCAGGCGCUUCCCAUCCAUUUCAUCUGCGUCUCGUGCGAAUUUUUGUUAUUGUUGGUGUUUACAUAAUCCUGAGUGCUUUUAUGUAGCUGUGCAGUGUUCGGAUUUCACAAUCAUUUCAAAAAGACUCGAGAUUCUGGCAUAAAAUAUUUUUCUUUUCCAAAAAAUGAAGAUCUUUGCAAUAAGUGGGUGAACGUAUGUAAAAGGAAGGACACAUUCUGUGUUAGCAGAGGAUCCAGCAUUGCCACCGCGAUGGGCCACGACGUGGCACGCUUCGCCGCGGUCUUCCUGGCGUCGCUGGCCGUCGCCGAGGCUACCUUGCCCGCCGCCUACCGCCACGCGGCGUCGCACGUCGCCCUGGCCCUGCUGUCGCUGCUCGUCGCAGACCUGGGCCUCGCCCUGCUGGGCAGGAUCCUGCCCAGGAGGCUACUGCCGGACCUGGGCGGCAGGGCGGUGCUGGUCACAGGCUGUGACUCGGGGUUCGGCCAGCAGUGCGCCAGGCGUCUCGACGCCCUGGGCGUGACCGUGUACGCCGGCUGCCUUAUGCCACAAGGCACCGGCGCCGCCGCCCUCAAGGCAUCUACCUCGUCGAGGCUCCACAUCGUCCCCUUGGACGUCACCAAGGACGACAGUGUCCAAGCGGCCGUGCGGCUCGUGAAGGGCACCAUCGGCGACAAAGUGCUGUGGGCGGUGGUCAACAACGCUGGUGUCCUGAGCGUGGGAGAGCUCCACUGGACAUCCACGGAAGAGAUCAGCAAGGUGUUCGACGUGAACGUCUUCGGCAUGGUCCGCGUCACGAAAGCCUUCCUCGACAUGCUCAUCGAGUCCAAGGGCAGGGUUGCAUGUAUCUGCAGUAUCGCUGGCCGCGUCACUAUGCCACCGUUGCUCGCCUACAGCAUGAGCAAGCACGCUGUGGUAGCCUUCGCAGAUGGCCUCCGCCGGCAGAUGAGCAAGUGGUCGGUCAGCGUGCACUGCAUCGAGCCACUCUUCUACAAGACCAACAUAACCAACGAUGAGAUUAUCAGGAGUAACUUGAAAAGAAUAUGGAAAGACUGCCCUAGCGCAGUGCGUAUGCAGUAUGGAGAUGAAUUCUUCGACAAAUACACAGAAUCAUACCUCAAAAUGCUGGUUAACUUUAAUUCCAGCAACACACAAGCGGUGGUGGAUGCCAUGGUUGAUGCAGCUGUUGGUGCCCAGCCUAAGGUAAAGUACACUUGUGGGAUAUUUUCUCCAUGGAUUUUGCAGCUAGUUCCAAAUACCAUCAUGGACGUGAUCUUAUAUUAUUUGACACCAGUGGGAUGCCAGCCUACGGCUUUGCAAUCCAAAAAUGGAAUGACAAAGUGAAGAAUGAGUAGGCAUGUCACACAAUUGCAUUUGUGACAGCUAAAUCACCAAAGGCUUUGUGAUACUAGAUAAAUGAAUACACCAGUGUACAGGAUGUUAUGUUGAAACAAAUAUUUAUGAAACAACUGGACAUUUUAAACCUAUCUGAAAAUAACAUCAGAUAAUUGUGAUAUGAUGCAAGAAAGAUGGACUUGGAGAGUGAAAAUGAUAGUGCUGAUUACAAAAAGUGUCAGGAUGUGAUAUUUGGAUGUAGUUAUGCAAAAAGGAACCAACCCACCAUUUUAUUAUAUUUUAUUUGAAAAUAAAUUAAAAUAGUACAAGGUUGAUUGUACCGUCGUUGCUAUUAUUAUUAUAUCAGUUUUUAUACUAGACCAUUAAAAUUAUACCCACAUUAUAUUAUCAAUAGGAGAAUUACAAUUUAUAAUUAACUUUAACUUCAAAAUACAUACUCAGAAUAGGUUUCAUGUGGGUUGGUUCCUUUUUGCAUAACUACGUCCAUUUAUGAGUGGUUUUAGAAAGAAAAAAAAACUGGUGGAUGUUAAGUUCAUACUAAAACUAUAAAGGAAAUAGAAAUGAUCAGUUGACAUGAACAUAUAAAUAUGUUUUACUUGCUAAUGACCUUGAAGCCUGAUAAAAGCCAAAGAAAUGAACAUUACAAAAAAAAUCAAAACUUAGUGAGUAAGCUUAGAAACACUCAUGCAGGUGUAAUAUUUUUAAGUAGCUAAGGGGUCAAAGUGGUACUGAAUAGUUUAAUUUUUAGUUAAGUCCUUGCACACAUCUAGUGCCUAUCUGCAGGUGGUAACUGCCUUAGUAGUGCCUACUUUGUCAUUUGUGUAUGUUAAGCGCACCUCAAAAGUUUUUCAACUGUUGGCAGAAAUGUUACAAAUAUUAAGAAAUGAUUAAAAAAUAAUUUUAAAAUCACUCACCUCAAGUGCAUGCUUACUAUCCAUGACUGUAACUAUACCUGAAACAAACAAAGGCAGUAGACAAAACGUUCAAUUAUUCAAGUAAAUUUAAUAUACACAUUUAAAUCAACCUCAGCAAUUAUAAUUACAUAAUAAAACUCACAACUCAACGAUAAAGAAGUAUCUUGUAAAGGGCAUGCAUUAAAAAAAAGACAACAAUAAUAAUAACACACAUUAAUUUUUCACAAGUAUUAAUUUGUAACAUUUCCAACACAUAUCACAAUUAAUAUAUAACAAUACUGGCUGGGCCCCGCAGUUUCACUAGCAGUUUCACAGUUAAAUUUAAAUAAAAAACCGGUCUACAGCAAACCGGACUCAUGCACCAAGAUUCUGUACAUCACAUUUUGCAAUGCUUAGUUCGAGUCCGACUCGCACUUGGUCAACUUUUAUUAUUUGCAGGGUGUCUACUGACCCUGGAAAACCUGGAAAACCUGGAAAUAUCAGGGAAUUUUGUAAUCAGGGAAUUUUUUAAAUAUCAGGGAAUCUUUUUAAAAAUCAGGGAAUCUUUUUAAAAAUCAGGGAAUUUUUGUUUGGUAGGUUGUAGUUGGCAAUACGUUUUUUGUUUAUUGAUCAGCUUGCAUUGAUGUGGCAUCAUGUGUAUCCCCUCCCAUUUUUAUUUUUGAAUGGCAAAUAACUAGGGGUGUGCGGGAAUAGGUUUUUGUACUGCGGGAAAUUUUCGGGAAAAAUAAAUUAUUCCCGCGGGAAACGGGACGGGAUCGGGAAAAUUAAAAUUUUUUUUUUUUAUUUCUAAUAUGAGAAGAUGGCCAUUUAAAUGUUUCUUGCAAAGUUAGUUUUUUUUUUUGCUGCUAUUUUUUUUUGUCUGCUUCACUUGCCCUUUUUUCAGCGGCGACAUAUUUUUUAGCAUUCUCAAAUUCUUUUUUUAUAGAGGGAUGUUUAUUGAGAUGUCUUAGAAAUCCAGACGUGCUACCAUGCUCGCAUCUCAAAAAUUUUUCACACGAGACACACUUUGCCAGGGAUUUACUGUCUGUCAGACGUUCAAAAUACUUCCAAACACUUUUAGGUUUACAAGUAACAAGCUGAUUGGUUGCGACCUCCAUUAUUUGUAGGCUGCUAGUUUGUUUUAAUAUACAACGGCAUUGAAAAUAGGAACAGAUACUUUGCACAACGUAACGUCAGCCGACAAAGCCCGCCAAACUAAACAGUAAACAACAAUUUUUUUCUCCCAAAGCAAAAUCAUAGAUGUUUAGAUACUCGUGAGCAGUGGUGUAAAACUACGUGAUUUCAUAUUUUUCAAAGUGCCAAUACAGUUCUCUACAUCGCCACUGCUAUCAAGUAAUGAGAACGGUUACGCUUCGUUAUGUAACGUCUAGUAUUACUUAUAUCUUUGGCGAAAAGGUUGGAUUGCGCAUGUGUUUUGUUUGUGUCUAAGGAGACACAGUGGUUUUAGGUUAAGUAUUCGAUGGUGACGGCAAUGUUAUAUAACUGACUAUUCACGUAUCUUCCAAAUUUGUACCCUUGAAGAAAUAUAUUUAUGAACGCAUACAAUAUUUCAGGUACUCCAUGUACGUUUUUUUAUAUUCCAAUUAGAUAUGUGUAAACGAUUAUCAUAAUUCACUGCACACCACAGCUGUCGCUACGAUCGGCAUACGUUUAAAAGAUGUUUUGCGUUUAAAUAGUACGGAAACUCUUCAAAAAAGUACGAUUCCAUAAAAAAUAUUGUUGUAAAAACAGUUUGAAUUGAUAGAAAACAUUUUCACAUGAUUAGUAAACAUUUGUUAAUUUUUAAACAAUUUCCCGAAAAAUUCGGGAGUAAUAAAUUCCCGCCCGCCAUUUCGGGAAGCCUAUUUUCCCGACUUUUUUCCUGAAGCGUCGGGAUCCCGCACACCCCUACAAAUAACGAACAGUUCCUACGUCCAUUUUCUUUUAUUUACCAUCGGAUUCGGAAGUGUCGUCAAAUCACGUAAUACAAACUGGUUCAAGAUGGUCUGUUAUCCUGCUGACGUACGUGCUGCAGCAUGUGCUUCCCACGUUCAGAUUAUACCGACUGGUGCAUUUAAUUUUAAGUAUCUAUGGAUGUCCUCAACGUAAACUGGACAUUUUUGUUAGCUUUGAAAACAGAUAUCACAGACACUUUUGGUGAAGAUUCGCCAUUGUUGCUAGAAAUUGGUAGCUGUGGGCUUCAUACGGUCCAUGGUGCUUUCAAAACUGGAAUUUCUGCUACACAAUGAGACGUUGUUAGUUUUUUGAGGCCCAGUUACUAUUUGUUUAAGCAUGUACCUGCAAGGAGGGCAGAUUACAUUAGAAUAACUGGAUCAGAGCUUUUUCCCAAGAAAUUUUGUGCAAUCAGAUGGAAUACUGCAGUUUCUGAGCGUGCCAUGAAAACGUUACCCCACCUAAAGAAAUUUGUUAGUGAAGUUUCUAUUUCAUCUCUCUCUUUCAGUGUAGUGAAAAGUGCUCUUGAAGAUAAUCUAAAAGUAAAAUUGACAUUCUUCCACUUUUUGGCAUCAGAGCUGGAAUUGUUUCUCACAAUGUUCCAAAGUGAAGCACCCAUGGCCCCUUUUCUCUAUGAUUCACUGGUAGACAUUUUAUUAGCUUUGGCAGGAAAGUUUUUGAAACCAGAAGUACUGAAGAGCUUUAGGGAGAAAUGCAAUUAUCUCGAUUGGAUGUAGAUAACCAGGAAAAUCUAUUGACUGCUAACAAUAUCACGUUGGGUUAUGCAGUACGCCAUGCCAUCAAGAAAGAGAAAGUACCAGAAAAGUCUGUCCUGUUACAGAAAAAUGAUAGGACUUGUCUAAAGGUUAUGGUAAAAAAACUUCAAGACAAAAGUCCCCUGAAGUACAAUCUUACCAAGGGAAUUUCCUGCUUAUGUCCGUCUGUGGCUUUAAAUUCGGGUGUGAGGAAACAGCGUGUAAAGUACAGUUUAGAAUGUUGUCUUCAAAACAGGUGGUUAUCAGGACAAGAAGCUGAUAACAUUGAGUGAUCAUAUCAGUUGGUAUGUUCCUCGCAAGAUUCUGCAGCACUGUUCUCGUCUUUUUCUCGAGAAGACGGGCGCCUUGAUCACUUGUGGAUGCUCAUUCUUAAGGCACAUACAGUAGCUUCCAAAACAGGCCUUCUAAAGUUUGUGAGGAUGGUGUUGGUACUUUCCCAUGGAAAUGCAUCAUUGGAAAGAGGAUUUUCAGUGAAUUCUAAUCUGCUGACAGAAAACUUGCAGGAAGAAAUACUGAUUUCAUGAAGACAGAUGUAUGACUUUGUUCAACGUUCUGGAGGUGUAGAGCAUGUUGAUAUCACCAAGUCCAUGUUACAGUAUGUAAGAAAUGCUAGUUGUAGGCGUAAGGAAGCCCUGCAAACAAAACAAAAAGAAAAGGAAGCUACAGACAAGAAGAAGGCAGAAAAAAGAAGAGUUUAAGAGAUCAAGGCAUUGCAGUUGAAGAAGGCUUGAAUGUUGGAUUUGGCUCGUUCUGAAGUAAGUGCAAUAGACGCAAAAGUUGAGUCACUGCGAAAUUGAUGGGAGCUUCCUUUUACUAAUGUUUUUUGCAAAAGGAAGUGUGUGAAAUAUUUGUAGCAGCAUUUUUUAUUUGCCAUCAAUUGAGUCACUUUGGCCACGUUUGGAAGAAGGUAAUUUUUUUUUACUAAUUUAAGUAAGUUGAAAUACUUUGAAACCCGUCAAUGUAAUAUUAUGCAGUUUUUUUUCAGUUUCUUGGAAUGUCGUAAUUGUGUUAAAGAAUACCUGGAAAAAUUCAGUUUUAGACCUGGAAAACCUGGAAAAAUCAGGGAAUUUAAUUUACUAGAUCUGGUAGACACCUUGUAUUUGUUUUUAUACUUUAGAGUUUGGACUAUAAUCAUACUGACUUUGAAUUUUGCAUGAAUUACCGUUUUUAUGACAGAACUUAAAAAAAACUGCUUUAUUGGAAAACACAUCUCACACAUUAUCAAGAGAUACUAAUUUUGCUGUAAGAGACAGGGGGGCCUCAGCAUUGGUUAAAAUGACUAAUAAAUUUGGGGUGCCCUGAGAGCUUAAACAUUUACUGCAAUAUGUCUCUGUAAACAGCGUGUCAUUUUAGUGACCCACAAAAUCUGCAUGCCUUAUUCGUUCUAUCAAUUUUGAUGAGCCUGUAGAUAAUAUAGUUUAAAGUUUAAUCAUAGUCAAAAGUACAUUUUUCGAGAACACCCCACAGGUUCCUUGCAAAUGUUUGCUGUCGCUGAACCCUCGCAUGUCGGCGUGCUACUGUUGCUUUGGCUGUCUCAGAGGCACGUUGAGAGGCCAUAAGUUCUGUGUGCUGCUGAUAUCGAGAAGCCCACUCUUUGGCUGUCUCAGAGGCACGCUGAGAGGCCACAAGUUCUGUGUGCUGCUGAUAUCGAGAAGCUGCCUCUUCGACUGUCUCAGAAGCAUGCUGAGAGGCCACUACAUCUGCGUUCAUCUGCUGUCGAGAAGCCGACUCCUCAGCUGUCUCAAGAGGCAUGCUGGGGAGGCCACGCGUUCUGCAUUCUCCUGAUGUCUAAGAUCUGCCUUUUAGCCACUCCAUUCUGCUCAAUUCUCCUUUGUUCUGCAUGAAACAAUGUUUCUUGCUGUCUAUUUAUCAUAGCUCAAACAUUUUGAGAGCUCUGUAAAAGAUUUGACUUGCGUUGCGAGUUGUGAUAAAAAUUAAUUCAAGUCACUAAUAAAUAUAACCUAUAACCUAAAACCAAACUGAUAAAUAACAAAAUCAGUUUAAUCAAAAACUCAUACAAAGUAAAUUGUAAGAGAAAAAGAUAAGAUAUACCUAUCUUAAAAAAAAAUUGAGAUCCUAAAAAACUAGCCCAAGCGGCAUCUAUCGGCUCUCGAAGAAAGUGUACAGCACCUCAUACUGACUCGUGAGUUAAAGGUAACUGUGUGUUUUAAGGAUUGUUAGCACCAUAGUUUCAUAUAUACUAAAAAAAAACUUCCUGGUUAUAUGUUGUGGAGUUUAGUGAUUAUACUAUCCUUCAGAAACCUACUUUUUUUCCCUGGAUGAAAGUAUUUAGUUUGCGAAAAAGGGUUCGAACAAACCCUUAUACCUUAUAUCAAAUGUUAGGCAGUUUUGUUUUAAUGCACUAAAUGAUAGCCCGUUUAAAAUUCAAGGCAACACCAUUUAUUGACGAAGUUCAAAACUAAUCUGUUACCAGUGCCGUUAGUUCGCUAGGCGCCACGAGCUCCAUUAAGUGAACGGAUCUCACCAAGGAAAAGGAUAGGAAGAUUCCAGACCUUAUUAUAUGACUGAGUGGCGGACAUAAAGAAAUGAAACACAACCACAAUGUUUGAAUUUCUAUGACCUAUGAUUUUCUAUUAUAAAAAUAAAUUUACCCCUUUCUCUCUCCACUAGGGAUGGAAUUUCAUAUUAAAUGUGGCCUAUGUGUUAUUCCAGGUUAUAAGCUAGCUCUACGCCAAAUCUCAUCCAAAUUCGUUCAGCAGUUAAUAACAGUCAUUUCUUCCACACUCCUUUUCCUCCAUUUACUAACUCUCCAAACUCAAGCAGUGCUACCAACUCGGUAGCUACAACUAUACCUACGACACAAAAUAUCUUUAUUGAGUAACAAACAUAGAUACUCACGCAUAAAUUUUUGCAUUCCUAAUAUUAGUGUGACAGCAGAAGCAUUGUUAGUCACACAAGAUGUUUGCUUUACAUGUUCCCAGUGUAAGGAUUAUGUUGGCAGUUACGAGUCAAAACAGGUUCAGGACUGAGAUGGUGCAAGCAAAACUUGUAAAGGGCUUGAAUGAUGCCAAUAAGAGCUGAAGACUACAAAUGUGCUGUGAUUAUUUUGAUUUUUCACAUAAAACUCAGCUGGAAGAAUUUUCCAAGGAAAAUAGACAAUGGAUGUCAGUCACUGGGAUUGAAUAUUCCUCUCGUGAUAAAUUAGUUCCAUACAAUUUGAAACAAUAACCAACACUGCAUCAUGAGUUGAACGAAGCCAUGAGAUGAAGCCAUGAACAAAUGGCUACAAGGCACUACAACAUGGUAACGUAGUUGUUCCGGCACAUGGGAACAUUCCACAAUGUUAACAACAUAACCCACAGAUACAGGAUUACCUGCGUAAUUUUUUUCAGGCACAGGAGUUGUGUUUUAUGCUCGUUUCUGCUUCCAUCCUGUGCAACACUCAGUAAGAGAGCAUACAGAAGAUUCCACUUGUUCUGAUAGUUGACGCUGAUUUGCAGUGUUCCUUUACUCGAUUAGUGGAUCGCACGGAUGGUCAACCGCUCCACCACUUUACUCAUGCCAGUAUCUGGAUGAUCAACAAAGUCAAAGGGCUCGCUGAUUCUUGCUACAUGAACGUUGCCUUCUCUGGGUUAUUUGAUAUUGUGGCUAUCGACAAUGUGAAAAGUAUCCAAUCCUGAAUGGCAACCAUUCGGGUUUUCUCUGGGUCAUGAGAUGAGUCAAAUUAACAUGAAUGGAUACCAUUUCAGAUUGGAUACAAUUCAGGCGUUUCACAGAAUUCAGUUCUGCUACUUCAGAUGGAUGCUUUGACAUUUUGCUUAUCAGCUACUCAUUAGCCAAUGUAACCAGAAAUUUGAUCCCAAUCCUAUCUUCUAAGAGCCCAUGGUGACAAAGGCCAUCUUCUGUCAGUUAACACAGCAAGUUGGCUAGUGACAUUUUAAAGUACUCUAGUAGUUCAAGGUUCUGCAGCACUUAUGUGUAGGUACUUUAAAAGAAAGUGUAAUAUCUGUUUUCACCAGCUGUGGUAUAAUUUUGGAAAAAGAUGAGAACUAAAAAAUGUUUCUUUUGAAUCCUUGGCUCAUUCUAGCAUGGGCGUGCUGGAUUCAGGCCAAAUUUUUACAUCACAUAAUUGAGGAAAUGUUUUCACGCACAGUAUUUUAUGGUUAUUCAGAUAAAAUGGCCAAUUAAGAUUGUUUUUAAGAAUGGUGAAUCAAACAGACCCCACAUUAAAGUAAUUAAUUACAGAAAUGUGUUUACUACUAGUUAAGAUAUUUUCCAAUUUGAACCCUUUUUGCAUAUCCAGUCUUACACUCCUCUACUAACUACUAUACGUACGUACCAUCCAGGAAUAUGUCACUACCCAAUUCCUUGUCUAGCCAAAAUAUAGAUGCAAUAGGUCCUGAAACAAAUAAAAAAAUAUAUAUAAUAAACUAACUGUUCAUUAACUUUUAAUCAUUUAUGCGGUAAGCAUGUCAAACUACGGCUGCAAAGUUUUUGUUACUGGAUAAUGUAAUACCGAUCUACUUACAAGGGGAGUGCGUGAACUUUAUAACGGUUCGUUAUAAAAAUAAUAAUAAUAAAUAAAGAGCUGUGAAGCACCAAUUGUAGUUUUUGUUUUAUUUUUCAAAAUAGAAUGCUGCACAAACAAAUACAAUCCCUCAUUCAAUUCGUACAUCCGCCUGUCGAGAAUUGCUCGCAGCUCGGGCGAUGAGAAUUAACGAAAAACAACGUAGGUUAAGUCCUUCAGUAACAUUUUUCUGUAAGUACACAAAAUCAGUGCGGCCUCAAACAUGGCCACACCCAGCGAAAACGAAUUUCACCAAGAGCCAGACGCCGACAGCCGCAAUUCCUAGUUAAAAGUGUCCAAAAA